AUGGAAGACGAAUUACGUUAAAAUUAAGACAAUUUGAUUGGAGAUGCGAACAGCCCCAAUGAUGAUGGAAAAAUUCAUAAUGCGCUUGAAGAUUAUUAUAAGCCAAUUUAUUGCCAAGAAGUACCUCCUAUUUCUUACUUGGAUUAAGUGUAAAGCAUAACAGACACUCAACACUCAGUUAAUUUUGCAAACUAAAUCUUCGAAUCACUUUUAGAUAGAUGGGAAGCUAGGGAGUAUUCGAAAAUUGUUUUAAGGGCAAAUUUAAGGCAGCAUCUGUUAACGAAAUCAACAACUGAAUUUGUGAAUAUAACAUUGAUGUCUUAAAUAGUCAACUAUUGCUAAUCCCCUUAUUUUGAAGAUGAAGAUGCUUUUUUAAAUUGGGCUGAGGAUUCUGAACCAUAGCCUUCAAAGUUUGAUGCUACUACUUCUUUUUCAAGAUAGUUGCAGCUUAAAAAUCUAAACCUUACAGUCAUUAAACAUAAUGCUUCUAAAGUAUGGGGCUAAAAUGAUGAAAUAAAGGAUAAUUAAUCAGAUUAAAUGAUCAUAGAUUUGCUUAAUAAUUCCAAACUCAGUAAUCUAUCUAGACCAUAAAGCUAAUUAUCAAGAAACAGUCAAAGAAUUUUUCACAAAAGUAGGAGUACGAGACUGCUAUAAAGCAUUGGUGAUCAGGCUAAAAAGUCUAAUGGCUUUAAUACAGCAAGAACUGGGUAGGAUCUCAAAUUUAUAACCCUGAAUGAAUAUUAUCAAAGAAAUAUGGAUUCUUAAAGCAAAACCCCUUAGGAUAUUGAAAUAGAUGGAUUAAUUGAUUGGUAAAGAAGAAAAAAAUUUAGAGAUGAACAAAGAAUUUAGGACCUUAGUGAGAAAGCAAUAGAGUAAUCUAAGAAGAUCACGAAAUAGCAUAAUCUCGAGGACGAUAAACUUCCUAAAGAAUAUUAAAGAUCAUAGGUAAAAAAUAUCUCGGAGACUAAAAUCCUUAAAAAGGGAAUUCCAAAAACUAAUGUGAAGAUCCUGUCUGAUUUAGACACUUCUGCAACGAUAAAAAUGAAAAAGUAAAUUAUUGAAGAUGUUAUUGAACCAAUGUAAAACCCAAUUGAACUUAUAUCACCUAACGAUGGAGUGAUUUAUUAGUAAGAUUAAAGGGUCAAGGCAGGUAGACCUAUUGAUGAGAAAAUUAAAGAAUCUAAUAAAUUAUCCAGAACUUAAUACUUCAAUUCUUCAUAAUAUGGAGAAUUUAGCAUUAAUAAGGGCAUAACCAAGAUAAAGGACACUAACUCUGAUAUGAAUUCUUCAAAACUCUAAACCAUUCAUGAAUAAUCAAUGGAAUACAACAAUACAUCUGGAUUUCUUCACAGUCUUCAUAAUCAUCUGAGCAACCCAAAGGUACAAAACUACAAGAUCCACUAAACUCUAAAUCAAAAUGAAAUCACUGACUUACUAGUGGUCAACAAAGAUGAUCAAUCAAUAUUUCUAGAAGAUCCUUCAAUUUAGAAUAAUACUAAUUCAACUUUCAAUUUCAGAAAUAAAACAUAAUCGGCAUUGAUCACCGGCUAUCAAACUGAGAGAAAUGUUUCUAAAAGUUCUUCCAGAAUAUUGCCUGCUCUAUAAAAAGUAUAAUAGGGCAAGUAAUCUGGGAUGAUGUCAAAAUUCAAAAGAUAGCUCAGUGUUAGUUCGUUUAACAAGACCUUCUACACUAAUAACAAUAACUUAUCUUAACUUGAUGAAACCUACGAUACACCAACUGAGUCAAGAAUGCUAUCGCCUGCCAAAAACAAUGAAUUCUAAGAUAAAGUAGAUUUAAUAAACUAGUCUAUAAUGUAGGAUAAGAAUUGGGGGUAUCAAACUUAGAGAGCUAGUCAAUAAUUACCUCCACUUGCAGGUAAAUUGAAUAAUGGCUCAAAAGGAUCAGAAAGAGUAAAGAUUCCUUAGAUUGACAUCUCGUAAAUUCAACACUUAAAUGAAAACUAAAUGAAUUCUAAACCCUUCAGCCCAAGAUUGCAUAGGCUGCUUAACAAAAGCACUUAUAUUGAGAGAAUAUCAUCAUAGUAAGCUAAGACAUCUAGGUAUGAAGAUGAAGUUAAACAAUAUGAUUCAGUGUUAAUGAAGAAAAAAAUACUAAAGACUUCGGGUAUAUUAAUGGCUAAAACUGGAAUGCCUAUGAUUUCAGAAAUAAAUCAAAAGAAAUAGUAAUGA